GAAACAAUCUGGCCGGCGGGGAGAUCUGUUUCUUCUUCUGCACAACAUCAACUCAUCAAGCCAUCUCAUCAACGGCCCAUAAAUCACCUGUCGCUGAUUGAACAAAAUAGCAUCAUAAAAGAAAAAUCAAGAAAUCAACGGAGGGCGCACGACCGGGUUUUAAAAAGUGAUGCUUGAGGUUUAAGCCAAGAAAUAGGCGGAACGGAGUCAAUCGGAAGAGUUCCUUCCUGAGUGGCAAAAUCGAAGGUUUCCGCCGCUCCUGAAACCCAACGCAACGGAAAUUGAUAUGCGAAAAUGCAGAGGCUAAGGAGCAGAGCGCUGUUUGGUUCGAUGCAGCUGCCCCAUUUGAAGAAGAAAGCCCUCAAUUCAUUCGCCGCCGUUCAGGACACUUACCUCUCUACCAAGGACACAUUUGAGAGGCAUAGGGUUGUCUUUACAAUCGGGACAUCUGCGGCCUCAGUUGCCACAGCAUGGAUUGGAUAUACACUCCGUCACCUCCAUGAAUCCAAAGUUGAGCAAAGGCUUGAAUCAAUUGAGAAAGCUAUGCAAAACAACCAGGCUCUUGAACAUGCUGAGCUUAAGAAGCUUGUCGAUCCAGGAAGUUCUCGUUAUGCUACGUAUAUUGCCACAAUUGGGACUACUUUUGUUUUAGGGUACGGGUUUGGUUGGAGAGGUGGAAGAUGGUAUGCAAAUAGGAAGUUCAGGCAGGAGCAGAUGAAGUUGAUGGGCCAGAUAACUCCUCGGAAAUGGGAGUUAAUGGGGAAGAUCAAAUCGAGAGGAUUGGGAUUGCAAGCCUUGAGAAGAGGACUAUCGAGAUCCAGAAGUUCAGACAUGGCAACUAAAUCACAUGACAAAAGGCCCUGA